AUGCCCGAAUUUGAGGACGAUGCACCAUGGCGGAACCUUUUGGCGUGGCUUCAUGCACAUGGGAUGAAGAUCGAUUCAACUCAUCUUCGGGUCGAACGCAGGCCUAGCGCAGGAUAUGGCUUAUUCACGACCAUGGAGGUUUCCCCGUCAUCACCCUUGUUCACUAUACCUGCAGCAGCGCUCAUGACCGUCAAGACUCUAGCACCGCACUAUCCCAACUGCACCGGUCUCAGUGCCACUCAACUCAUCUCAAUGCAUCUGUACAUUCAUCGACCCGAUACGGACAGAAGAUGCACCGAUUCACUCUACGAACCGUUCAUCAACGUCCUUCCCGGGUCGUUCGACUUCCAUCCGCUCACCUGGCUGGUUUGGGCCCUUUCCGACACCCACGUCGAAGGAGAACGAGAGAUAGCCGAGGCGCUUCUCCAGGCACUUUCACCGUCUGUCCGGCGGGACCUCGAAGAGCUAAAAUCUCGCUUCGAUACGGACACGGAAUUCGUCCAGAAAUAUCUGGCAGCCCACCCACGCGUCCUCGCCACGUGCACCAGGACUAGAACGUACGAGGCUAAAGCAAAAAUCGAAGAUCGGCGUGUUCUAGACGACAUGCUGUGGGCCUGGCUCAACGUCAAUACUAGAUGUAUAUUCCACAGGCUCAAGCCCUCCGUCUCCUCGCGAGACAAUAUCGCGCUGGUGCCAAUCCUAGACAUGGCCAACCAUCGGCCUUACGAGCACGCCUGCCCGUCGUCGCUGGUAGAUAUGGCACUCGAGAAAGGCCGCUGGGCGGCGCCAGUGAAGGGCAGAUUCGGACCGGAUUUCACCUUGCUCUCUCCUCGCGACCAGACGCUUCGUUCAGGCGAAGAAGUGUUCCUCCGAUACGGUGCCCAUUCGAAUCGGAAGCUGUUCGUUGAGUACGGAUUCGUCAACAGCUCACCGGGAUCCGAGCAUGAAGGUAGUGCCCCUCGGGGCGAUGGUCAGGUGGACGUCCAAAUCCUGUUUGAGGACAUGCUACGCGAACAAGGCUCAAGAGGUGAAUGGAUGCGAGAUGUCCUGAAGGAUCAAGGAUACUGGGGUGACUGGACCCUGCACGCCUCACCCGCCCCCGCGCACCCCUCCUUCCGACUCCUCACCGCCUUGAGGCUGUACCAUCUUGUCCUGGAUUGUCCUAUUCCACCUCCGAACCCCGAGGACGUUCUGAGACCGUGGCACGAUACCUUGGCAGGCCGUCGUCCUCUCGUUUCUCGCGAGAAUGAACAGGCGUUAAGACAGACGUUACUCCAGAUGUGCGAGCGAUUACAAGAGCGUGCACGCGAGGGUUUGUCGACGACCGAUAUGAUAGAGCCUAAGACCGGGAGUCCCGUUUGGGCGGAAGGGAUGAAGGACAACAUCAGAGUGUUGUGGAGAGAGGAGGAAGCGGUCGCUCGGGCAGUUGAAGGGAGUAUCCGGGCAGGGGACGAGUUUUGA